GGUACGUGUGUGAACCUUUUAUUCCCGCAUUUUUUUCUCUCUCGUUGAAGUUGCUCAUACACGCGCAAGGGGAAAAGUGGAAGAUGCCAAGUCAAGAAAAGAUAACAGCUGUGAAGCCUGUGGCCUCCAGGCCUUUCUCCAGCUUCAGUUCCUUUUCGAAGCUUCUGAAAGACUUCACUACCACUGGUUCCACGCCGAUUACUUCUCCAGAGGAGACUGUUAUAGUUAGGCGGCCAAAGGCUACACGCUUCGCAUCGGCACCGAGUGAUCUGACAACUGGAAUCACUGCAACCACGUUACAGGACGGUGGUUCAGACACCACACAUGAGCAGAUGGUCGUAAACACAGAACAAGCAGUCUCUUGUGAUGACCAUCAGACCGUAUUCCACAACAUCAACAAGCCGAUCCACAGUGCGAGAAAUCGUCUGUCCUAUGAUGGCUACAACUGGAGGAAGUAUGGGCAGAAGCAAGUGAAAGGGAGCGAGUUCCCAAGGAGCUACUACAAGUGCACCUACCCAACCUGCCCUGUCAAGAGGAAGGUGGAAACUACACUUGAUGGCCAGAUUGCUGAAAUUGUGUACAAUGGUGAGCACAACCAUCCCAAGCCCCAUCUUUCAAAGAAGCCAGUGUCAUCAACGGGUACAGAGGUUGUCAUUGCCGACCUCUAUGGCAGUAAUGAUGCUGGAGCAGAAAGCCGUUUAGGAGGAUGCAACGGCCUAUCUCUUAUUGGUUCCAAUGUUGUGGCUGAUACAUUCAGAAGGUGUUGUGAUUGCUUCGAUGAGCUUGGAGAAAAUAGUCUGGUCUGUGACUGCAAGGGCAGCCGAAAGGAGGAGCAAUUAAAUGGCCUGGGAGCUCAUGUUGAGGCUGCUCGUGUGUUCCAGGCUUCGACAGAAUACGAGUCAUCUGAGGAUGCAUUCCGUUGGCGCAAGUAUGGUCAGAAGGCUGUUAACGGCAAUUUGUUUCCAAGGAGCUACUACAGAUGCAGCACAGCCAGAUGCAAUGCACGCAAGUUCGUUGAGCGUUCAUCGGACAAUUCACUGGUAACAACAUAUGAAGGAAGACACAAUCAUAUUGCUGAACGACUUGGAUGAAAAGAGAAACAAUGCUGCUGUGAUUCAAGGAAGAAGAAUACAAUAUCAAUAGUGUGCUUGUGAUGAUGCUAAGAUAGAUAUUCAGAAGAGAAGGAUACAAUGUUUAUCUUCGCCUAAUAAUGUUACUGAAUUGAUCCAUCUCGGACUAGUGUAUUCUGAUUGCUUAGUAACAA